UCCCAUCCUCCCUCUCUCGCGGACCAAUCGCAGCCGCGUCCUCGCCGCCGCCCAGAGGUGCCGCUCACUCUCUCUCCUCCAAUAGAAAAGUUCAGCCGCACGGGACGCUCCGGCGGAUGGUGGGGCUGUUUUGUUGGGUGGGAGGGGGGGGCAUGAUGCGGUUCGGGUCCAGGUGUGCCACGCGGACAGCUCGCUGAUAUUUCCACCCCCAAUUCUGCCUCCAAAGUUCAUGCCCUGUUCAUCGACUUUUUGUUUGUGUCCCUCUAUCCGUCCGCCCGACUCUUGCGGCUAUAUUAAGUCCAUCUAUUGACCAACAUGGCGUCCACUGCUUUACUGCUCCUGGCCCUCUCCUCCUCCAUCUCUCUCACAGUGGCAGUCCUGUUUGGUGAGCCUCGAAUUUUUGGAGAGGAUGCAACUGGUUAUGGUCCCAUCUUUGAGGAGGAGCCUAUAGAUGUGGUGUAUACUGAGGGCUCCCCCGACGGGAGAAUCUCCAUGAACUGCAGGGCACGUGCCAACCCACCUGCCUCAUACAGGUGGCGCCGGGAUAACUGGGAGAUCAAGCUGAUGGAGCAGCCAGACGAGCACUACAGCCUGGUGGGAGGGAAUCUGGUUAUCACCAACCCCAAACAGAAGAAACACGCAGGGACGUACAUCUGCGUGGCCAGAAACAUCUACGGCACCGUCAUCAGCAAGGAGGCCAGGGUCAAGUUUGGAUUUUUGCACGAGUUCUCUGACGAGGAGAGAGAGCCGGUGUAUGUCAAAGAGGGACAGGGAGCGGUUCUGCUGUGUGCCCCUCCUAAAGCCUGGCCCGAGGCGGUGAGUUACCGCUGGAUCUACAACGAGUUCCCAGUUUUCCUGCCCACAGAUCGCCGCAGAUUUGUCUCCCAGAGGACCGGAAACCUGUACAUCUCCAAGGUGGAAGCUCAGGAUGCAGGAAACUACUCCUGUUACGUGUCCAGUCCCAUCAUCGGGCAGAGUGUCUUCUCCAAAUUCAUCCCUCUCAUCCCUUUACCACCUGAGGAUGGUGAGGAGAGGAAGUACCCAGCAGACAUCAGGGUGAAGUUCCCAGACACUACUGCCUUGCUGGCCUCUAAUAUUACUUUAGAGUGCUUUGCUCUGGGAAAUCCCAUCCCUCAUAUUGUUUGGAGGAAGGUGGACCACACAGACCUCCCACCAAACCACGAGAUCAGUGAAUCAGGAGCUGUGCUUCAUCUGUACAAUGUGCAGUAUGAAGAUGUGGGAGGAUACGAGUGUGAAGCCAUCAAUACUAAAGGGAAGGACUGGCACAAGGCCUGGCUCUAUGUGGAGUCUGCCCCAGAGUGGGCGGAAACCAUCAACAACACUCAGAUCGACAUUGGCUCAGAGCACACCAUGCGCUGUGUGGCAUCAGGGAAGCCCUUCCCUUUCAUCCGCUGGUACAAAGACGGAUACAUGUACGGUAAAGGUGAGCUGAAGUUUUCCAGUCUGACUUUUGAUGACUCAGGGAUGUAUCAGUGUAUUGCUGAGAAUUACUGGGGAAUUAAAUAUGCCAACGCUGAGCUGCGAGUCAUCGCCUGUGCUCCUACAUUCGAGUUUAAUCCUGUGAAGAAGCAGCUCCUUGGGGCUAAAGAUGGACGUGUGGUGAUCGAGUGUAAACCCCGAGCUGCUCCCAGACCUCGCUUCACCUGGACAAAGGGCAAAGAGCUGCUCUUCAACAAUUCACGCAUUUCCAUCAUGUUUGAUGGGAGUCUGGAGAUCCUUAACGCCACCAAAAAUGAUGAGGGCACCUACACCUGCUUUGCUGAGAAUGACAGAGGAAAGGCCAACAGCUCUGGUUAUCUCACCAUCACAGAGGCGACCAGCAUCACGGUGGCUCCUGAAGACUCUGAGGUUAAGGUUGGUGAUGAGAUUAUUCUCAGUUGCACUGCUUCAUAUGACCCCAUGCUGGACAUCACCUUCAUCUGGGCCAUAGACUUCAGAGUCAUUGACUUUGACUCUGAGUGGCAACACUACGAACGUGUUAUGAGCGAAGACGGCACUGGUGACCUUAGAAUAAAGAACGCCCAAAUUUGGCACGAAGGUCGCUACACCUGCACGGCUCAGACCGUGGUGGACAGUGAUACAGCAUAUGCUGAUCUCAAGGUUGUAGGUGUUCCUGGGCCACCUGGUGUGAUCCGGGUGGAAGAGAUUGGAGACACGUGGGUGAAGCUAUUGUGGUCUAAAGGAGCUGAUCAUAAUAGCCCCAUUCUUUCCUACACCAUUCAGACCAGGCACUACUGGGCUCUGUAUGAAGAUGACUGGAGGGACGCCACCACCUCUCCAACCACUCUUGAUGGUAGCAUGGAGAGGGCAGAGGUGACAGACCUUUACCCCUGGAUGGAGUAUCAGUUCAGGAUCAUCGCCACCAACGAGUAUGGUUCCGGAGAGGCCAGCAUUCCCUCCCUCAAGAUCAAAACCUGGGAUGCUCCUCCAGUAGUAGCGCCCACUGAUGUGGCAGGUUAUGGAGGUAGAAAUGGCGAGAUUGUCAUCACAUGGACACCUGUGCAGCCGUGGUAUUUCUACGGCAAGAAGUUUGGUUACAUAGUUGCGUUCAAGCCUCACGAUGCAUACGACUGGUGGUAUGAGACCAUCUCAGACCCAGAGACAAGGCGUUAUGUUCAUAAAGACACAUACUUCAUUCCCACUGAGGAAGAUUUCCAGGUGCGAGAGUUUCAGGUGAAGGUCAAGUCGUUUAAUGUGAAAGGAGAUGGACCGUACAGCCUCACCAAGGUCAUCUACUACCCACGAGAUGUACCUACAGAGUCUCCGACAGAUGUCUAUGCCAGGCCGGUGUCCUCCACGGAAGCUCUUGUGUGGUGGCUGCCAGUGGUUGACACUGGAACAGGCCUGCAGCAGUACAUUGAGGGAUACCAGGUCAAAUACUGGAGAAAGUACGAUGACCCGGAGCCAGGAGCCAACCGUAUAUUUGUUCCAGCCACAGUCAACCAGACCAGGCUGGAGAACAUGCUGCCGGACUCACACUACCUCAUCGAGGUCCGUGCCUUCAACGGAGCCGGCCUCGGACCCCCUGGUGAACACUGUGAGAUGUUCACAAAGAGACCACCACCACCAGAGCCACCGAGGAUGUGGCGCUAUAUCACCUGGACAGGGAAGUGGCUGUACGUGUGGUGGGAUCAUAUCCAGUACGACUGGUUCGGCAAUGUUUCCUUCCCUCUGUACUACAAGGUCAUGUUCAGAAAGACAGGCUACAUCUAUGGGAAAGUCUACAUCACUGGCUGGCACUUCAUGGACUUCCCCAUGCCUCAGGUUGGCGACUAUGAGCUGAUGGUGCGCGGUCGUUAUGAAGGAGGAGAUGGACCAGUCAGGAAGAUUAGGAUUAUGGGUAAAGCAUCCAUGGUCACGCCCACUCUAAGCCUGGUGUCCUUGGUGCUGCUGGCGCUGUGCAUUCUGGGAUUGUAAAUUUAAGCCUGCCACAAGCAACGUGUAUAUAAUAAACUCUGGGAAGCAGAUAUGAGGACUUAAUAAGAGAUCCAGACUCAACCUCCAAACACUCCUCACACUGAUAGUCAUUGGUUAAGAUACACCAUGCUUCUGUUCCGCUGUAACACCACACUUAAAGCUGUUGUUUCACAAAAUUAGAAUAGAUUGUUGAGUCUUGCACUUUUUUAGACCAUCAAAGAAACUGCAGGAUACAUGCAGUAAAACAUGGGACUCCUUCAUCCGUCAUAUUAAAGAGAAGAUCCAAAAUGUCUGUGUCAGAACCAGAUUUUUUACUCAAGUCACUCUAAAGUCAAAACGAAUGAAAUCGGAUGAUAACCACUGGAUGAUUCUCUAAUUCCUCCCGCCUGUUUGGAGUUGAAAUGAGCUGGAUAAACAGUACUAAGGUGUAACUUAGUCAAAUCAGUGAAUAGUAUGUAAAGAACUGUAAUAAUCACUGCUUUUAGUGGAUUUUCUUGGAUCACUUUUAUUUUAAAUAACCUUACACUUUAAAUCAUAAAGACACUUUGUUUAACUUUUUUUUUUUUUAAAUUAAUUUUCUAAUGGUGCUGGGUGACAGGUGCAGAGGUGUGAUUUUUCUCCUCACCACAAUCAUGUGCAUUGACUAUUUGAGUUCUAGCUGAACUGGUAAAGCCAUAUUACUUUGCUGACAACUUCUUUUGAGCCCAGUGAUCAUGUUCUGACAGUGACAGUGUAUAGUAUUAUAUUUGAAUGAACUGUGGAGGCAGGGUUGGACAUUAACUACUGUAUAUCUCAUGUAUCAGUGUGCUAGUUUUCUUUUUGUCAGGCUGCAAAACCAUUAAACAGAGUAUUACUA